GAAAAAGGCGCCUCCCGGAAUCUACGGGCUCCCUCGCCCUACUCUGCCGCUGGUUCGGCUGCGGCACCUCGACCGGCUGCUUCAGAGGAGAGGGAGCGACGGCGGAGCGAAGCCUGCCAGCCUGACCCGCUUCGGAAGCUACGCCGAGCUGACCCGAGCUGAUCCCCGCGGCCAGGUCCCCCGCAUGCAGCCCUCACCCUGGAGCGGAGGCGGCGGAUCGAGGAGCUCUCAAGAUCCUCCCGGCAGCGACUGCUCCAGUCCAGGGACAGGAUGUUCUCCAAGUUCACUUCCAUCCUGCAGCAUGCCGUGGAGGCGCUUGCACCAUCCCUUCCAUUGCAAGAAGACUUUGUUUACCACUGGAAGGCAAUUACCCAUUACUACAUAGAGACAUCAGAUGACAAAGCUCCGGUGACCGAUACCAAUAUUCCAUCCCACCUGGAGCAGAUGUUGGAUAUUUUAGUUCAGGAAGAAAAGGAAUUUGGGGAAACGGGGCCUUGCAUGGAAUAUCUGCUACAUCACAAGAUCUUGGAAACUUUGUACACCCUGGGCAAAGCUGAUUGUCCCCCAGGGAUGAAACAGCAGGUUUUAUCUUUUCAUACAAAACUUCUCGGAUUAAUACAACAGCCUCUUCUCCCACACAUAAAUGUGCACAGACCUGUACAGAAAUUGAUCAGGCUUUGUGGUGAAGUCCUGGCAACACCAACAGAAAAUGAAGAAAUCCAGUUUCUUUGCACAGUGUGUGCAAAGCUGAAACAAGAUCCACAUUUGGUUAACUUCUUCCUUGAGAACAAGCUAAAAGCGCUGGCUUCAAAAGGUGCAUCAAGCUUAGUUGCGGAAGACAUGCUGAAAGGCCAAGGUUCUGUGGUAACAGAUACAGGACAAUCUGUUCCGCCUGAAGAAGCAUCCAGUGGAGCAGAGGAAGCAGAGAGGGUGAAUGACGAUCCUCAGCUGGCAGAUGACCUGUCCUUAAGUCUAGAUGAAUUAACUGUUCCUUCACCCCCUGAGGCUUUGGCUGCUUGUCCACAUGGAGACUAUAAUUUGGUGAAUUCUCUGCUCAAUCUCACCAAAAGCCCAGAUGGCCGAAUAGCAGUAAAAGCUUGUGAAGGCCUCAUGCUUCUAGUGAGUCUGCCUGAGCCAGCUGCUGCUAAAUGUUUAACACAGAGUACAUGCCUAUGUGAACUGCUGACAGACAGACUGGCCUCUCUCUACAAAGCCCUUCCUCAAUCAAUGGAUCCUUUGGAUAUUGAAACAGUUGAAGGAGUCAACUGGGGCUUGGAUGCCUAUAGCCUCAAAGAAGAUGCAACUGCUUUUCCAGGGAAAAGAGCCCUGAUUUCAUUUCUGUCCUGGUUUGAUUACUGUGAUCAGUUGAUUAAGGAAGCUCACAAGACAACAGCUGCUGCUAUGGCAAGCUCAGUGAGAGAACGCUUUUUUGUUGGUGUAAUGGAACCCCAGCUAAUGCAAACUUCAGAGAUUGGGAUUCUUACAUCAACUGCCCUGUUGCAUCGUAUUGUACGUCAAGUUACUUCAGAUGCCUUAGUGCAUGAAAUGGUUUCUUUUAUCCUUGGAGAGCAGAGGGAGCCAGAAAACCUGGCAGACAUCAACAGGCACCCUUUACGACAUCGCUUAAUCGAGCACUGUGAUCACAUUUCAGAUGAGAUCAGCAUAAUGACACUCAGAAUGUUUGAGCACCUUUUGCAAAAGCCUGAUGAACACAUUCUUUAUAACUUGGUUCUUAGAAAUUUAGAGGAAAGGAACUAUACAGAAUAUAAACCACCCUGCCAAGAAGAUAAAGAUGUGGUGGAGAAUGGCCAGAUAGCAGGAGCUGUAGAUCUGGAAGAAGAUCCAUUAUUUACUGAUCUUUCUCCUGAUACCAUGUUGUCAAACCAAGAGUGGCUUAGUGCUUCUCCACCUGCAAGCCCAGAUCAUCAAAAAAAUGAUGGGAAGACUGAAGUUCAUAAAAUUGUAAAUAGUUUUUUGAGGUUCCACGGGAGAAAUACAUGGCUGAAGAAUGAGUCACAGUCUUUCCAAAAUGCUGUUUUGACAUUAGUGGAAGAGCAGUCACUGGCAAAAUUGCAGAAUUUUCUCUGUCUUGUACCAGAUGAAGCCAAAUCUUCCUACCAUGUGGAAGGCACAGGUUAUGAUACCUACCUCAGAGAUGCCCAUCGACAAUUCCGGGAUUAUUGCGCUAUUUGCUUACGAUGGGAAUGGCCAGGCUUUCCUAAACCUUUGGAAAAGUGCAAUUUAGAAACUGCAUUCUUUGAAGGAUAUUUCCUGAAAGUUCUGUUUGAUAGGAUGGGCAGAAUACUUGAUCAGCCAUAUGAUGUCAAUUUGCAAGUCACAUCUGUAUUGUCCAAGCUCUCCUUGUUUCCCCAUCCACACAUCCAUGAAUACCUUCUGGAUCCCUAUGUAAAUCUGGCUUCUGGCUGCCGAUCUCUUUUUUCAGUCAUUGUCAGAGUUGUUGGGGAUCUCAUGGUGAGGAUUCAGCGCAUACCUGAUUUCACUCCCAAACUUCUACUAGUCAGAAAACGUCUCCUUGGCCUGGAACCUGAAGGGCCCAUUGUUGACCACAUGACAUUACUAGAAGGUGUGAUUGUAUUAGAAGAGUUUUGUAAAGAGCUGGCUGCAAUCGCCUUUGUGAAAUACCAUGCCUCAUCCACACCAUAAACAGCUAAUUUGACUGUCCAAACUGCAAGAUUUUCUCCUGUUUCGAUCAGAAGGACUGCUAACUCAUCCCAGGCAAGAAAGGAAAAAGCAUUGGCAUACAUUUGAAGGACUCAUAAUGGGACAAAUUCAAAUUGUAGUGUUGGUUUCUCAUUUGUUGGCAGUCUCCAUAUGGAAAUGGAAAAUGGGUUUUUUACCCACAAUCUAUUAAAGGGAUAUUGGCAGAGCAGAAUAAGCUCAAAGAGCUACACAUGUCAGGACCUUAGUUAAAUUCCCUUGUUUUAAUGACCUUCUAGGAAGGAGGAACUUUUAUAUACUUUAGGUUUCAUAGGCUUUUUAAAAAGUUGUUUGUCUCAUAGCUGAGGUUUUAUCCCUUUAAAUAAAACCAUCCAGUGAUUAAGGCAUUCUAAAGUAUUUAAUACCAUGUAGAAAAGAAAGAGGCUGCAGAUGCACCCACAGCUUAAAAUGGUAUCAGUUUCUUUGUAUAUAUUUAAUGUUGUCUGAGUCCUUUAUCAUUAUCAGUUCCAUUUUAUCAGAUGCACUAGAACAAAUGGUGACAACAUAUACUCAAGUGCUGGCUUUCUUUGAAUUCUUGCUUAUCUUGUUAUACUGCAUAAUUUUAUUGGCCUUCCAUUUUGAAUUGAAGCCCUAGAUUAUUUAUCCAAAUAUCCAUUUAUAAGAAUAUUAGAGUUUUAAAGAUUUUUCUAUGAUCAAUUGGCCGAAGAGAAUCUUGUGCCUUGAUGAUUAGCAGUAUCAGUGUUUUGUGCUUUUAAAUACAUUAUUGCUUAGCUCAUUUGAAUGGCUAUAGCAUCCAGGCCAGAGGAUAGCUGAUACAGCUUUUUGCGGAUGCCAUUUUUAAUAGUCUGUAUGGAUUUAAAUUCUUUGCAGGCUGUUGCAUGCCAUUGGUUGCAAGCUUGCAGUCUUAUUGUUUGCAACAGGUAUCCCUUAUAAGCCAAGAAGAAAACAAGAUCCCUUUAUUUUGCUGUUGUCAGCCAUGAAGUAGAUUAGCAUGCCAGACAAUCUAGGGUAGAUGUAAGGUGAGGAGACAGCUGUCUCUCCCUUUCUUUCCCUUACUCAUCUCUGCCAGUUCCUCAGAGUCUGAAAGCUCCAAUUAAGUAUGCCAUCUAUCCUGAGUUGCAUCUAUUAUCUGUAUAUUCUUUUUGCACACAGUAGGAAAAAGGAAGGACACAUAAGUUCACAUAGUAGGAAAAAGCCCCCUUCAUACCAGUUUGCCACUAUUAGCAAAACACUAUGGAAGCAAAACUCCACAGAAUUCAGCUUCUAAAUAUAUUUGUUAUUUAUCUCAUUCGUGGGCAUUUAGUGUAAUUGUACAAUCCUUUCUUAACUUUUUAUACACUUGCAAUGUACUUCCAGUUUAUUCGUUGAAUUUUGCACCAGCAAUUUGCACUUGGUUUGUAUUAUAACAAAGUGAAAAACAUUUGCAUACUUGCUGUGCUCAGAUUCUGUGGAAACAUGCUAAACAUGAAGGCAGUGUUUUGGAAAAUAGGACAGUGUGAUCUGAGAUAGCUUACAUAUGUAGGCCUGCAUUGGGAAGAUUCAAGCAAUGUUAAUGGCUAUGGAGCAAAAUAUAAGGCUGCCUUUAUUACAAGGAAAGGCAUGGCUUUCUUACAGCCUGACUGCAGAAUCCUGGAAUCAUCUGAAACCUGAUAAUCAAAAUGCCAUCCCCUGUAAUAGAAAAUUACACAGUUACUGAAUUUAGUUCGCAAAUAAACUGACAAAAAUAAGUUUAACAGACGCCUGGCAUCUUCUUUCCAGCAUCAGACAGAUAUUAAGAAAGAAGAAAAUUAUACAUCUUUUUGGAAUCAGGCCAUUACAUAAGCUUUUUUAGAUGUUAAGAAAUGCAGGUAGCAUAGGUUGUAUAAUCAGAUAAAUAAAUUGUGCAUUAUAUACACAUGUGUUCAUCUAGGUCUCUUCAGUGCAAUGGAACUUGAGCAAAUCAACCACAUGCUUAAAUUCAGAGUAAAAUUCUUAAGACUUAGGCACAUAGACAAAUUAAAUGCUUGAGUUCGAUAUGCAUUCUUGAUUUUGAAACAGAAUGAAAUAUACAGCCAGUGUAUUCUCCCCAAAAAUAAUCCUUUCAGAGUCCCAUAGGAGACUAAUAUUUCUCCAACAGUACCUUGAAAUAGAUUGCAGCCUUACAUUUUGCUAUUCAAAGUAUAGAGAGAUUUAUCUCCUAAGCGAUCUAUAAUUUAUUAGAACCUCCUAAUUCAAUGGUAAAGUUAUUCAAACUUAGGUUGGAUUGAAUUUUAACAUUUAGGAGGGGUAAUUGUAAGGAACAUAUAUGUUAUUUCAAGCAGAAUACCUUAACAUUAGGAUUCUGUUUGCUUUUAAAAACACCCAAAAUCCAAGCCUGACUGCAUAUCCCAGUAUGUCAAAGAAGUCCUUUAAAUGUUCUUAUGUUCAAGAACUUGCUCAGCUUGCCAGUAAACCUGUGAUGUCAUUUCAAGACGCCAGCUUUGUUCUAUGUUUUUAUGACACAGAAAUCUUUGUCACAGAAAUCACAUAGUAUGUGUCAAAAAGCUAGAAAAAGAUUUAAACAUUUUUCUUGGCAUGAGAAUUGUUUUUAUAAACUCAUAAAUAAUAGCAGCAGCCUUUUACUUUUGUAAGGAUUGAAUUUUGCCUCCAAAAUGGAACUUGCAUAAUUUUAUAUCCUUUCAUUUUUCAUGCACUUUUUGUUUUAAAGGCUACUUGGGUCCUUGGUGGAAUUGUUUGAGUUAAUUGAUUCCAUGCAUGUCAUAAUCACCCCCAUUCUGACUUGCGUGUGCCUGUGUGUGUGUGCAUGGAUGGAUGGAUCUUAUUUAUUACCCUUCAGUAAACAUAGAACAUACAAUCUGUUCUCCAGAAUUAUUGAAUGACCACCAGUUGUAAAAAUGGUAGUGGGUACUUGGUAGCAUUACAGAUGCAACAAACAGUGUUUAUAUAUGUGAGUGGAUGAGGAAAGCUGGAAUUGUUUGAUUCCAGGACAUCGACCCAACUUUAAUUUUUACCCUAAUGCACAUUUAUGUAAAUAAAGGCACCUUUUCAACUUUCUACUAUCUGUUAUAUCAGUUUAGUUUCUGAUGUUGGGACUGUUGUAAUAAUGACAUGAGACAUAAAGUAGAAUAGCCAAUUCUCAUUAUUUUUCUGCUUUGUUUUAGCAGUAAUUGUCAUAUCUAGUAUUCUGAUCUUCUCUCUGUAGCAUUCUGAUAUUAUAAUGUAUUCCUCAGUGCAAUAUCAAAGCUGUGAUACAAAGCACAGCUUCAGCCUGGUUGUACAUUGCCUGUUUACAUGUGUGUAUUUGUAUACUAAUGGACUGAAACCCAGCACUUGCUUGCAGUAUUGCCAGGGCAAAGAUCCUAACACUAGAUCCUACAGGGCACAGUAAUCGUGGUAUUCCUUUCUAUGACAGCUUCUCCCCAUGAGUUGCUAGUUGCAACAGAGCUUUGUCUCAUAAAAUGACAUCCUCAUUUAACUGGACCAGAGAAAGACUGAAAUCCAGUGCAAAAGCUACACAUUCAGUAUUCUCUAUUAUAUGAACAAUUAAGAUUAACAUCUCUUACUAAACACAGCUGCAUAACUAAGAUCAAUAAUCUCUGUGCCCAGUUAUCUAGUGCUACAAGGUCUUUCUUGCUAUAUAGAUUUUGUUUUUCCCCCUUGCCUUGUUUACAUUAAACAGAUGAUGUUCAGCGGAUCUGUCCUACUGAGCUUUGUGUAGUUGCUGACAAUGUAUGCCAAGGUGUAAUAGACCCCCCAUGAGGAAUGGAUGGAAUAGCCAUAUCAAGAACUUGUGUCAACAGAUUCAGUUCAGACAUUUCUGUGGUUGAAAAGCACGCACGAAGGAUUAAAAGGGAUAUUCUUAAAAAUAAAUUAAUAUAAUUUAAAUGAAGUGACUGCUUAUCUUUGCAGAUGUCUGUGCCUUUUAAAGAGAACUUCAGUUGUUUGACAAUAUAGAAAUAAAAUAAUGAUAAUGUCAGUAAUCCAAGCAGAUGGACAAAGUAAUUUCCAUCUAUGUAGAAGCUUUGCCUCAUCACAUUCCCAGCCAAAGGUCCUCAGGGUUAGCAUUGUUUGGUGACCCAUCCGCAACAAAUAAAUACAAUAGGGUGUUUAAAGAGAGCACAAUAAGGUGUUGAGGGAAAGCAAAUUACUGUUAAAUGAUCCUGGACCUGCUCCAAAACUUGUUAUUGUGUGCCUGUUGGGCAUCAGGGAUACGUGGAGUCAGCCAGCCAAUGAGUGUCUCACUCAUUUAAAGCAUGAGUAACAAAGCUCUCCUGUAUUUUAGGAAGCUGCAGCAGCUGUACACAUCUUCAUAGAAUGUUGGAGAAUGGAUGCUUAAACUGAAUGUUGGAGAAUGAAUACUUAAAUCAAUAAGGCAAAAUGUAAAAAAAUCUGCUAUCAUUAAAUCAGACUAAAUGUGUGCCUCGUUAUAUAUCUGUCAUUAAAGUGUUUUCCAGAUAA